AUGUCAGAACGGUACGGAUUUUCGUUAACAACAUUUAGUCCAUCGGGUAAACUUGUUCAAAUUGAAUAUGCACUCAAUGCUGUCAAUGCCGGUUCGCCAGCUGUCGGUAUUAAAGCAUCGAAUGGUGUUGUAUUAGCGACGGAAAAAAAGAGCAAAUCUUUGUUACAUGACGAUCGAACAAUUCAUAAAGUAGAAUCAAUUUGUAAAAAUAUGGGUCUUGUCUAUAGUGGCAUGGGUCCUGAUUAUCGAUUACUUGUUCAAAAAGCACGUAAAUUAGCUCAAGAAUAUAUGCUUGUUUAUGAACAGAAUGUUCCACCUACACAAUUAGUUAAGCGAGUAGCUGAUGUCAUGCAAGAAUACACUCAAUCGGGUGGUGUACGCCCAUUUGGUGUAUCGCUACUUAUCUGUGGUUAUGAUUACGACGAAGAUCGUCCAUUUCUGUACCAAUGUGAUCCAUCCGGUUCAUAUUUUCCAUGGAAGGCGACGGCUAUUGGCCGUAACUUUGUGAAUGGUAAAACUUUUCUCGAAAAACGAUAUUCUGAUCAAUUGGCACUCGAAGAUGCAGUUCAUACGGCUAUCUUAACGCUCAAAGAAUCAUUCGAAGGACAAAUGACUGAGGAUAAUAUUGAAAUCGGCAUUUGUGAUAAAGAAGGUUUCCGUCGUCUAACACCUGCCGAAGUCAAAGACUACUUGGCACAAAUAGCUUAA